AUGCAGGAGUGCGAGGGCGCCGCUGCGCGUCGUCGGGCCUUCGACAGCAUUUGCCCCAAUAGGAUGCUGGAUCCGCGAGACCGGCCCUUCGGCAAGCCCGGGAAGCCGGAGAGGAAGUACGACCCUCCGCGGAAGUUACUUCCCAGUCGCAGCGGCGGCAGCCCGGUGUCGGUGUACGAGGAUCCCCCAGACGCCGAGCCGGCUGCGCUGCCAGCCCUCACCACCAUAGACCUGCAGGACCUCGCUGACUGCUCCUCGUUACUCGGGUCCGACGCGCCGCCUAGUGGUGACUCGGCCGCAUUACAGAACCAUUCCUUGCCAACGGCAGCUGACUUCGAUCUGCAGGAUUUCAGAGACACGGUGGAUGAUCUCAUCGCAGACUCAUCUUCUUUGAUGUCGCCUUCCCUGGCCAGUGGAGACUUCCCUUUCUCUCCUUGCGACGUACUGCCGUUUGGGUCCUGUCUCUCUCCGCCGCUGGACCCACGGGCCCUACAGUCUCCGCCGCUGCGCCCUCCCGACCUGCCCCCGCCAGAGCAGUACUGGAAGCAGGUGGCCGACCAGAACCAGAGGGCGUUGGGGGACGCGCUCGUCGAGAAUAACCAACUGCACGUGACGCUGACCCAGAAACAGGAGGAGAUCGCUUCGCUGAAGGAACGGAAUGUGCAACUGAAGGAACUCGCCAGUCGGACCCGGCACCUGGCCUCGGUGCUGGAUAAGCUGAUGAUCACACAGUCCCGGGAUUGCAUGGCGGCAGCCGAGCCCUUCCUGCUCAAGGCGACUGCCAAAAGGAGCUUGGAGGAAUUGUUCAGCGCUGCGGGGCAGGAUUGCGCAGAAGUGGACGCCAUCCUGAGGGAGAUUUCCCAGCGCUGCGAUGAAGCCUUGCAGAGCCGCGAUCCCAAGCGGCUCCGGCUGCAGCCCGAGCAGCCGAGCACCGACUGCAGGCCCGGGAACCUGCACGGCGCCUUCCGGGGGCUGCGCACAGACUGCAGCCGGAGCGCGCUGAACCUGAGCCACAGUGAGCUGGAGGAGGGCGGCUCCUUCAGCACCCCUAUCCGCAGCCACAGCACCAUCCGCACCCUCGCUUUCCCCCAGGGCAAUGCCUUCACCAUCCGGACAGCCAACGGGGGUUACAAAUUCCGCUGGGUCCCCAGUUGACCUAGGAUGUGGUCCUCCAAAAACACUGCCCUCUAACCAGAUGGAAGCGCCUGGAGGCUAAGCGGGAGCAGCUGAAACUGUUUCCUGAA